UCUGUUGUCUUACCGUCUUGCUGAUCAGCCGGUCUUCUGUAGAUUCAAUUAAUCUUCCCCAAUCUUCAGGAGGAGUCAACAUGGUAUUGUGUUUCCAAGAUGGAGGCUGCUCUGGAAGCGAGAGAUACAAACACCUUGUAUGAACUAAUUCAAAGAGAUCCAUCUAUUUUGCAGAGGAUUGAUGAGAUACCUUUUGUUACUACGCCUUUACAUGUUGCUGCAUCUAACGGGGAUAUUGAAUUUGCCAUUGAGGUCAUGAUGUUAAAGCCAUCAUUUGGUAGAAAGCUAAACCAAGAAGGGUUCAGCCCCUUGCACCUUGCUUUACAAAAUGGGCAAACCGAAACAGUUUUUCACCUACUUGCUGUUGAUGCUGAUCUUGUUCGUGUUAAAGGAAGAGAAGGUUUAACACCUCUGCAUUUUGCAGCCGAGAAAGGAGACGUUCAUCUCUUGGCCGGUGUCUUAUCAGUUUGCCCAAAAUCUUUCGAAGACGUGACUGUAAGAAGUGAGACUGCUCUGCAUAUAGCGUUGAAAAACAAUGAGUUUGAAGCUUUUGAAGUUCAGGUCAAAUCGCUUGAGGGGAUUAAACAUGAAGAUAAUCGUUUCUGGAAUAAAAGAAUCCUAAAUUGGAAGGAGAAGUAUGGAAACACUGUAUUACAUCUAGCAAUAUACCAAAAUCAACCUCAGGCUGUACGGUGUUUAUUAAAGGGCGAAGUAGAUGUUAAUGCCAAAAAUUCGGAUGGCUUAACAGCUUUAGAUAUCUUCCUUGCUCAAACUCCUCCAGGAAACGCUGAGUUGGAGGAAAUGCUACGCAGUGCUGGAGCAUCCGAAGCUUAUUUUCUUCCUAGUAUUGAUCCCUUUGCACGUACCGCAAGUAAGGAUCAGAGGUUGAAGAAGGCUACUGAACAGGGAGAUUUGGAUGCCCUAUAUGCAUUAAUAUCGGAGGAUGUAUAUCUUCUGGAGCAUAUAGAUGAGGUACCAUUUGUUGAUACUCCUCUGCACAUGGCAGCAUCUGCAGGUCAUAUUCAGUUUGCCUUAGAGAUUAUGAGGUUAAAGCCAUCAUUCGCUAGAAAGCUAAACAAACAUGGAUUUACCCCUAUGCAUCUUGCUUUGCAAUAUGAACAAACCCAGAUGGUGCUUCGACUACUAGAUGUUGAUAGAAAUUCUCGUGUCCAAGGAAGGGAAGGUAAAACCCCUUUGCAUUAUGUGGCUGAGAAAGGAAUGGUGGAAAUUCUGUUUGAAUUUCUUGCAGAUUGCCCAGAGUCUAUUCGAGAUGUGACAAUUCGAAGAGAAAAUGCUCUGCAUCUUGCUGUAAAAAAUGACAAACUGGAAGCCCCUGAAAUCCUGCUACGAUGGCUUCACUGCAUGGGCAGUGACGAAAUACUGGGAUGGACCAACGACAAAGGUGAAAAUUUAUUGCAUAUUGCAAUUUCUAGAGGUCAUCUCCAGAUUGUGAAGCUUCUAAUCAAUAGAGUUCAAAUAAUAGAUGUCAAGAAUUCAGCGGGUUUGACGGCCUUCGACAUGUUAAAGUAUAAAAUUCAAAGCCAUCCUGAACUUGAAGAAGUGUUGCAUAAAUGUAGCUCUCUGGAAGUGUCAUCAUUUUCUAGAAAGAAAAUUGUGGAUUACCUGAGGGAUACCAUCAAGGAACCAAGACCACCUGGGUGCACGUCAUGGUUCUAUUGUCGCAGAUUUUUUCAUGAGUUGGCACGGUUCUAUUAUCGCAGGAAAAAGAGUACGACAAAUGAAAUUCGCAAUAUAGUACUUGUGGUAGCUGUUCUCAUUGCAACAGCAACCUACCAAGUUGCGCUUGCUCCUCCUGAAGAUACGGACACAAAACCUAAAGAAUUGACCGUCGCCAAUGCCACGGCCACCAAUGGAACCACAACGGACGGAAACCCAUUCUUACCCGACUUUUUCUUGUUCCCAGAGAUUCUCAAGUCUUCGGCUGCCCAAAUUUUCAUGUAUUGCAAUGGUCUAGCCUUCUAUACAUCAAUGCUAACCAUUCAUUUUCACCUCCCACGACACAAUUUAAAACUGGUAUAUGUGAUCUGCUUUCUGCUAUUAAUAGCAGCCCGAUCGGACAUUUCGCUUUUGAUUUUGUUUGGAGUGCUGUUUCCGGCUUUGAGUUUCUCUCAUCUUCCCUUGAACAUCCUCCUUCGUUGUAAAAGGAAAAAUUUGUCAGUGCAAGCUAUGCGCUCCAUUUUCAAACACUACAGAAGCUUUUACAAUGAGAUGCAAUGCCACAGCACGGUUGAAAGAGAGUAAAAGAAGUGUGUUUUGCUGCAGUAUAAUGAUAC